UAUAUUAUCUUGCGUGCCUCCUCCCACCAUCUCCUUCUUCAGGGAAGAGAGCGCAGCCAGAUUACUCUUCUCUUUGUUUUCUACUGUCAGCAGAGCAGCUGCCUCGGUUAUCGCCAUGGGUUCGUACUCGAUGCCGGAGGAGACCAUCUUCAGGUCGAAGCUGCCGGAUAUCGAGAUCGACAACCGCCGGUCGCUCCAUGAUUACUGCUUCGAGCAUCUGGCCGACUUCGCCGACCGCCCAUGCAUCAUCGACGGCGCCAGCGGCUCUGUCAUGAGCUACGCCGAAGUCGACGUCGCCGCCCGCCGCGCAGCCGCCGGCCUCCACGGCCUCGGCGUUGGGAAGGGCCAGGUUAUCAUGAUCCUCCUGCAAAACUCCCCUGAGUUCGUCAUUGCCUUCCUGGCUGCCUCGCACCGCGGGGCCGUCGCCACCACCGCCAACCCCUUCUACACCCCGGCGGAGAUCCACAAGCAGGCCGCCGCCUCCGGCGCUCGCGUCAUCGUCACGGAGUCUUGCUACGUCGACAAGGUCCGGGAGUUCGCUCGGGAGUGCGGCGUCACCGUCGUGUGCGUCGACCACCCGCCGGAGGGCUGCCGCGCCUUCUCGGAGCUCCUGGCCGCCGACGAGCGCAACCUCGCCGAGGUCGAGAUCAAUCCCGACGACGUGGUGGCACUGCCGUACUCUUCAGGGACGACCGGGCUGCCCAAGGGCGUCAUGCUGACCCACCGGAGCCUGAUCACCAGCGUGGCCCAGCAGGUGGACGGCGACAACCCCAACCUCUACUUCCACCAGGAGGACGUGCUGCUCUGCGUGCUGCCGCUCUUCCACAUCUACUCCCUCAACUCGGUGCUGCUUUGCGGGCUUCGGGCAGGCGCCGCCAUCCUGAUGAUGAAGCGGUUCGAGAUCUCAGCCAUGCUGGAGCUGGUGCAGCGGUACCGGGUGACGGUGGCGCCGUUCGUGCCACCGAUCGUGCUGGAGUUCGUGAAGAGCCCGCUGGUGGACUGCUACGAUCUGUCGUCGAUAAGGACGGUGAUGUCAGGUGCGGCGCCCAUGGGGAAGGAGCUGGAGGACAAGUUCAUGGCGAAGCUUCCCAACGCCAAGCUCGGCCAGGGCUACGGGAUGACGGAAGCAGGGCCGGUGCUCUCGAUGUGCCUGGCGUUUGCCAAGGAGCCCUUCCCGAUGAAGUCCGGCACGUGCGGCACCGUUGUGAGGAACGCCGAGCUCAAGAUCGUCGAACCCGACACCGGCGCCUCCCUCGGCCGCAACCACCGGGGCGAGAUCUGCAUCCGCGGAGCCCAAAUCAUGAAAGGAUACCUCAAUGACCCAGAAGCAACCAAGAACACCAUAGACGAGGAAGGCUGGCUGCACACAGGCGACAUCGGCUUCGUGGACGACGACGACGAGAUCUACAUCGUCGACAGGCUGAAGGAGAUAAUCAAGUACAAAGGAUUCCAAGUUGCUCCAGCCGAGCUCGAGGCCCUGCUCAUCACCCACCUUGACGUCGCGGACGCUGCCGUCGUCCCGAUGAAGGAUGAGGUGGCCGGAGAGGUCCCCGUCGCCUUCGUCGUCCGUGCCCAUGGAUCUCAGAUCACGGAGGAGGAGAUCAAGCAGUACGUCUCGAGACAGGUGGUGUUCUACAAGAGGAUCAACAGGGUAUUCUUCACGGAGGCGAUUCCCAAGGCGCCAUCGGGAAAGAUACUGAGGAAGGAUCUCAGGGCGAAGCUAACGAGUGAGUUCGCGUCCGCUUGAUCUCCAUCCCACGGUCCGUAUAUAUCUUCUUUUUCUUCCUGAAAUGCCCCGGGCGAGCGACCGGGAGUGCUUUUAUGGGUGGCCGCUUGCGAAGGGGUAUUUUGGUCUCCCGAAGAAGCUAUAAAAGGUGUAUAUUUGGUAUAUUAAGCUUGUAAUGUUGUUAUACGACAUGGGAUGUAUUUGUUGGAAUGGAACGUAUGAUUGCAGCUUAAUAUUAAAGUGGUAUUUAAUACAGAUACACUUGCAUA